AUGUCUAAUACUAUAGUCUUUUUCUCUAUAGGUAAUCCAGGCCCGCAAAACAGACACUCUGUGGGGCACUUGGUGCUCAAGCAGCUCACUGAUGCAUUUGAAACAAAGCAGUUAGUGAAAAAGGGGAAAUACUCCCUCACCAAUCUAGAUAACAUCAUGUUUGUCAAGUCAAACGCAUACAUGAACGAGUCAGGAAGGCUGCUCCGUGCUUUUUUAUCUUCUGAAAGGAUAGGAAACUGUACAAUAGUAGUUGUCUAUGAUGACUUUGAGCUAGAUCUCCCAAAAGUCCGUCUUCAAGCGUUGAAGAAGAACGAGUCUCAUAAUGGAGUCAAGUCCGUUCAAAAAGAGCUUCUAUCACUUCCACAUCAAGUAUACAAGCUUGGUGUUGGAGUCGGGCCCAAACCACAGGGCGCAUCUAAGGACGCUAUGGCCAAUUUUGUUUUAUCCGACUUUACGCUUGAACAGAAGCUGUCCAUUCCAACAGCCAUGGAAGCCGUAUAUGAGUAUGUUCACCGUAUUAUAGAAACCGACGGCGAAGUUGGAGACUGUAAUAAGUUGAACUCACUGGUGACCAAGAGUUUGUAA